AGGGAGGAGGAAGAGCCAUUCAACUGUGAGGAGGUGGGGGCAGAAGGGAAAGAAGCUCCGUUUCAAUGGAAUAAAAAAACUGCGCAAUUUCUUGAAGGAUCGUAAUAGUGCUGCUGGUUUUUGUUAAGGGGCUGAUCUCAGGGGAUGGUUGCUACCCGAGCUGUGUUUGAUUUUUAUUAUUAUCUGAAUGCCAGCUCAGAGGAGGAAAAGAGCUGUGCAAUCAUUUAGGAGGGCGAUGUGACUGUACAGAUGCAACAUCACUGAUGGGUCUCACGCUUUUUGGACACAUUUGUCCUCCCCAGCAGGGACACUACACCUAAAGGCGGUUUGGAUGUGGCUAAAAGGGGUGGACAUGUCUUCUCUUUUUUGGAUGAGAGGGUAUUUUAAGGGGCUGCGUCAUCCGAGCCUGGGCAUUUUCAGAUGGACUGCUGGGCAGAAUUUUUACUAUUUCCAUGUUUUAAUCUGCGCGGCUGGAUUGUUUGUGGAUUCCAUCUAAAAGAGAUAGAGAGAAGAACAUGGCCAGACGGUGGUGUGGUGUGUUUGAGGAGCCACCACCACCAGACUGAAGAACAUGGGCCUCUUGUUUGUUAGAGAUGGAAAAUGACCUGCAUCCCGCCGCAAGCCGACACCUGUUCAGGUCAAGCAUCGGCCCACCCACUCACGAGCCUGUUCACACUAGGUGUGUGUUCACUAGCAGCAGGAAGUCAGAGGUGUCAUGGUGGCCUGUAGGUCCUGAGGACCCACCAUCACCUGGACGGGGGAGACUUCAGAGGGAUGAUUGGCAGCAGAAGCCGAGACUUAACACAGCUGUGAAUCGAUAACUUGGUGCUACUCUGAAAGCCGGUUGGCUUUUAGACUCUUGGUGCAGAAAGCAGACGGUGCAGAUAUUCUCAGUGUUGGAGUGAGGCCCUCUCUGUGCUGCAGUGGAGGGCUUCACUGAUACAGCUAAUCCAGCUGGAUGCAUCACACAGUAGAUCCGUUAGGCGGGCGAGGCACACGGGAUUCAUUCCCUCUGGACGGACUCAACCGGGGGCCAUGGCCUCCCAUGAGCGGCCGUGCCUGGCAGCCAUCUGCCAGGUGUUCACCUGCGAUGACCCAACACCAGCUACUUCCUAAUCUACCUCCUGGGCCGACAGGUGGAUUGAACCCCCACAGUAAAUACUUGAGUAAUGGGUCGAUGAGAGGAGCUGAAAAGCUUGAUUUCCCACAAGCAAUGUUUCCAGGGAUGCAGAGGGAGCACCAGAGACCUCCCCCACACCAUCAUCAUCUUCAUCAUCCUCCUCCUCAUAGAGCAUGGGAUCAGCUGGAGAAGCAGUAUAAUUCCCACCUCCCCCUUCAAGGCCACCAUGUGCUACCCCUGUCCAACGAGCCCGCACUGCGUUUCCAUAACGGUGGAUACGCGGGCAGCGGCGGGCCUCUCCUUAACCCACAUCUUCAUCCUAACAGACCAAACGCUCUGCUGAAGGAUCACCAUGUUCCCCGGGGUCCACCGCUGCUGGGAGAUGACAUGCGGGCUCAGGUGCACCAGCAGAGGGGAUACCCAGGGAAGAUGCCAGGGGGUCACUUGAAGAGACCCGGCCCUCCUCUUGGGGAACACUCUGUGAUUCAACACACUCCUCUACCGACGCUGCACGUACCCACCCACGCUGCCAUGGAAGACUGUCCCAGCCCCAGCAAGAGGAAAAAGAGUUUGGAUCAGGGAUCUCACCCUGGGCUGCAGCGCUUCUCUGGCCUUGGCCAGUCGUCGCUGCUGACUCAGCAGCCCCCGUCGGCCCAACAUGCCCCCCCAAAGCCAGCUUUCUGGAACCCCAUUCACAAGGACAAUGGUGGUCUCUGGCAACCGCAAACGUCUGACCACAAGAACACACAAUCACAGGAGUUUCAGGAAAACAAACGAGGGAUGGCCAGCUACAUCACCAAGUCCUCUCCUAACUCCUCCAGCCCUUCCAACCACUCACCUCCAUCACACUCUUCUCCAGGAAGCUACAACCAAGGCUGUGCUCCUCACAUCCAGAGAGACAUGACACAACCUCAGGCUGUAAAUCAUCAUUCCCCACAUUCCUCCUACCCAAGUCCCAGCCCCAAACUGGAACUGGCCUCAUCCUGCCAGGCUGUGGAGCCUCAUGGUCUUCACAAACAGAGGAGCCCUGUCAUGGGGGGCCAAGGCAGGAGCCAUACGCCAACUACUCCUACCAGGGGAGAUGGAGAUCACCACCUAAAAGCCCAGUCGUCACCAGCAAGCGCUUCUGCUACCAGCAACAAAAACAGCAGCAGCAGUGUGCCUUAUAGCCACCUCCAGGCUCACCCGGGGCUGGGACACCAGGGUGCUCCUCCACCCCCACCCCCUCCUCCAGCCAGCAGCACCUCAGUACCUCAGCAACUGCAAAGUGGUCCCCAUGAGGCUUGGAGAUACCCGAGCAGACACUCCCUGGAGCCGGGGGCCUACGCACCUCCAAGUCUGCUACCUCACCCCCAGAAGACCCACAAUCGGGUUGUAGACAGUCGGCUUCCAGAUCCAUCCCAGCAUCAUCACCAUAACAACAGUCCUCCUCUGCCUCCGACCAACUCCACCCGAAUGCCAGUCAUUACAUGCAAUCUCCCCAUGUCCCUAAACUCCUGCACCGUCGGCCGCUAUGGCAACAGCAGCUCUAACGGCGUUACCAUUGCUGGCAUCUCCACUGGGAAUGCCUCGCCCGCUGCUGGUGGCUCUGUAAACAGUGGCAGCAACACCAGUUGGCCUAGAAUAAUAGAGCCAAAGCCCCCAAACUCCACCAGCGCCAAAUCUCAGAUGGACGCUUUGCUUGAGGGAGGCCGUCAGAGAGGCCAGUCUCACCAACAGGAGCUGCACGAACCCCAGCUCACCAAGGAUAAGAUGUCGUACUACACUCAGGCUAAACUGGAGCACAAUCCUCCAUUUUCUUCAUCUUCUUUGUUCUCAGGGUACCAGAGGGCAGCAGACAGUGUCAUUACUAGCAGGGGUUCAAAUCAGCCUCCUAGCUCUCCUACUGCUUUUGGUCCAGCUUCUGUCGGCGGUCCUCCUCCACCGCCCAGUCCUGCUCUGUCCUCCAGACUGCAGCAUCAGUCCCACCCUGCCCCAACACACGCGUACCCUACCCCGCCAGCCCCCGUCUCUCAGUCCAUCGGAGACGUUCUUGACAAGCUUGAUGCCGAGCUGAAGGGACACAUGCAAGCCGAGGAGAGACGGAAGAGGGAAAGGGAGGAGCAGGAGAGAAAACUGAGAGAGGAGCGACAAAAGAGAGAGUGGGAGAUGAGAAGAGCGUUGGACGAGGAGAGGAAGAGGAAAGAGCAGGAAAAGAGGAAUGAGGAGAGAAAAAAGAGAGAGAUGGAGAAACAAGAGGAAGAGAGGAGGCUGAAACAGGAGCAGGAGCAACAGAGGAAGCAGGAGGAGGAAAGGAAGAGGGAAAUGGAGAAGGAAAGGAAAAGAAGAGAAUGGGAGAGACAAGAGGCUGAGAAGAAGAAAAUGGAAUGGGAGAACAAGGAGCGGGAGAGGAAGAGGAAGGAGCGGGAGAAGCAAGAGGAGGAGAGAAAGAGGAGGGAAGCAGAGAGACAGGAAAGAAAGAGGAGAGAACUUGAGAGGGAAGAGGAGAAUAAAAGAAUAGAGUUUGAGAGGAGAGAGGAAGAAAAGAGGAAGGAGGAAAAACUGUGCAGUGCAAAGGGAAAAGAGCAGACCGCCAUUGAGAAUCUGGAAAGACUCCUCUCUGGUAACAGCUCUGUGGUGCCCCCACCUCCUCCCCUCUCCUCUGUUCCCGCACCUCCUUCAGGUGCACUAACCCCGACCUCCCAGGCUUCUCCCCCCUACCCCUGGCUUAGUCGUGGAGGUUUACCUACCAGUCAGACCAACCAGACACCCAGCACUCUUACAGAAAGACUGAGACCACCUCCCCUCACUCCUCAGACGGAGUACGCCCGAGAAAAGCAGCGGCAGCGGGAGAUGUGGAGCAACAGCGGCGGAGCGGCGUUCAUCCCCUCAUCUACACAUAAUACCUCAGGAAUGAACCAGCCGAUAUACCCCAAUAAACCCCCAGCAAUGCAAGCAGCACCUAACCAAUCCAAAGACUCAGGCAGGGACAGAGACUGCGCCCAACACCCUCUGCCUAUCGCGGCGCUCCGAGAGCCCCCCAAACUCUACCAGGCUCUGUCAAGGGAAAACCUUCAACCACCGCCUGUUUCCUCCACCAAGGAAUUCUACAACAAUCGGGCAACAGAGGGCAGAGUCGCCUCGGAUGGUGCCCAGUUUGAGGAGGAGCCCUCUGAAUUACCCACAAUGCUCCCGGAUGGGCUGGCUAACAUAAUGGCAAUGCUGGAUGAAUCCAUCAAAAAGGAGGAGGAGUUGUACAAGAGUGAGAAGUCCUUUCCUUCUGGUCUCCUGCACAGCUUUACCCCCAGUGCUGAUCCUGUUAAGAACUACCUGUGUGCCCCAGAUCUGAUUCCUGCCACGAAGCAACCCAAUACGGAGGAUUUUGGAUCAAACGCCAGCCCCCCUGUGCUCAGCCGCCAAGGCUCUCUGGCAUCUCCCUGCAGUCGAACCUCCUCGCUGGAGGAGGAUGAGGACUUCCUCAAAGCUUCCCUGAAUGUACCUGUCAGCACUAAGCCAGCUGUGGAUACAGGAAUGGGAGUAGGGAACACAAAUUAUCGCCACAGUGACCUGGCUAAACUUUAUGGCCUUCCUGAGCAGACCAAAAGUGAGGCUGAUGAGGAAUCUGAAGAGGACUCUGAGGCGCCGUCAUGUUCUCCACCGCCCCAAAGACCCCAUCUCCACCAGACCGGGUUGAACAGCAUGUUCAGGUCUCCAGAGAUGGUCUCUGAGAGCCAGAAGUAUACCUACAGAGGUGGGCCUUUUGGAAGACCACCCCCAUCAGCACUGGUUGGUUUGAAAUACUCCUCCUCGCUAUCACUGGGUCCGGAUAUCUGCCGACAGCAGCAAGGCAGCUCUCCCACAUCAGAUUCAACAAGUCCACCAUUCAGUCCUGCUGUCCCGCCUCAGAAAUCCUCCCCUCAUUCAAUACUGGAAGACAAGAAACUGAAAACUGAGGACAGCGAUGUCUGGACAGAUGAGGGGGAGUCGGAGGAAACGGCAAAUUCUGUUGAGGAGAGGAGUUUUCCAACCAUAGCGCCAUUUGAGGCGCUCAAGGAAGAACAAGAGUUGACAUCCUUCUCUGAGUCUUUGAAGGAGUUGGGUCGUAGCUGUGAAGUCAUUCUCUGCCGGCGGUCGCUGGAAAACCCCAGUGGCCACAGCAAGUCUGAGGACCGACACAAACAUGAGAAAAUAAAGGAGCACAAGGACAAGAAGAGAAAGCAUGGCCACAGCGGCAGGAAGCACGAGGACAAGAAGGAAAAGAAAAGGCACAGAGACAAGAAAGAUGGCUUUUCUUCUUCCUCAUCAUCCUCGUCGUCCAGCCAUUCCCACUCCAGCCGCAAGCGGCACAAGGACGGCAAGAGCCGCAAAAAGGAUCGCCGAAGUCUCAGUGAUCUCAGUCACCGGAUGCGAGAGUCAGAGAAGAGCAGGUGUCAUUACGAGGCGGACAAGAAGAAACGUAAAGAUGCACCUGGUGCCAGCUCCACCGGUGAAGGAGAGCACGUAGAAUGGACCUCCAGCUUGGAGGAAAGAUCUUCCGAACAUAAAAAUGGUGCCACUUCGGGUUCAUCGUUGGGCUCCACAGACUUGUUGAAAUUAAAGGCGCUUUCAGACGGCCCCCCCAAGGAGCUGAAGAUCCGCCUGAUCAAAGUGGAGAGCGGCGACAGGGAGACCUUCAUCGCUUCUGAGGUGGAGGAGAAGAGGAUUCCUCUGAAGGAAAUCAGCAUCAAGAACACGGCGAGUGAAAUUAUCCGCUCCUGCAAGGGCGCUCACGUCAAAGGGAAAUUUAAGGAAUCUUACCUGCUGCCAGCCUUCUCUGUUAAACCCUUAAUGAGUUCAGAGGUGCCCAUUCCUAGAGAGAAACUCAACCCUCCUACUCCCAGCAUAUACUUGGAGAGUAAGAGGGAUGCCAUCUCCCCAGUCCUGUUGCAGUUCUGCACAGACCCAAAGAAUCCUGUUACUGUCAUAAGAGGCCUGGCUGGAUCGCUUCGACUCAAUUUGGGCCUGUUUUCUACAAAGUCCCUUGUGGAGGCGAAUGCUGAGCAGGCAGUGGAGGUGAGGACCCAAGUGCAGCAACCAGCUGAUGAAAACUGGAACUCGACUGGUACGGGUCAGACGUGGCCCUGCGAGAGCAGCAGAUCCUACACUACCAUUGCCAAGUACGCCCAGUACCAGGCCUCCAGCUUUCAGGAGAGUCUUCAGGAGGAGAAAGGCAGUGACGAGGAGGAUGACGACGAUGAAAAGAAGCCACCCCUUAGCACUGACACUAACAAAGACGGCUCUAAAGAAAGUAGCAAUGGUGAGCAGAAACCAACUGGGAAGAUCAUCAAAUUUGGCACUAAUAUUGACCUCUCUGACCCCAAGAGGUGGAAGCCCCAGCUCCAGGAGCUGCAGAAGCUUCCAGCAUUCAUGCGAGUGUCCUCCAGUGGAAACAUGUUAAGCCACGUGGGACACACCAUCCUGGGCAUGAACAGCGUCCAGCUCUACAUGAAGGUUCCUGGGAGUCGAACGCCAGGUCACCAGGAGAAUAAUAACUUCUGCUCGGUAAACAUCAACAUUGGCCCAGGAGAUUGUGAGUGGUUCUGUGUGCAUGAGAACUACUGGGGAGCUAUCAGUGACUUCUGUGAAAAGCAUGGAGUGGACUACUUGACAGGGUCCUGGUGGCCGGUGUUGGAAGACCUGUACAGCGCCAACAUCCCAGUCUAUCGCUUCAUCCAGCGACCUGGAGACCUGGUGUGGAUCAACGCUGGUACCGUUCACUGGGUUCAGGCUGUGGGUUGGUGCAACAACAUCGCCUGGAAUGUCGGUCCUCUCAAUGGUUACCAGUAUCAGGUGGCCUUGGAGAGGUUUGAGUGGAACGAAGUGAAGAAGGUCAAAUCCAUUGUUCCAAUGAUUCACGUGUCCUGGAAUGUGGCGCGGACUCUCAAGAUCACCGACCCGGACACCUACAAGAUGAUCAAACACUGCCUGCUGCAGUCCAUGAAGCACAUCCAGAUCCUGCGGGACCAACUGGUGGCUGAAGGCAAAAAGAUUUCAUAUCAAAGCCGGGUCAAAGAUGAGCCCGCCUACUACUGCAACGAGUGUGAUGUAGAGGUGUUUAACUUGCUGUUUGUGACCUGUGAGAGCAGCAGCAGAAAGACGUACGUGGUUCACUGUGAGGACUGCGCCCAUCAGCGCAACCCCAGCCUGACCAACGUCGUGGUGCUAGAGCAGUACCGCAUCGAGGAGCUCAUGAACGUGUACGACUCCUUCAGCCUGGCUUCCUCAUCUCGGUGACAGAGCUCCUCUUCAGUAUCUCCUCAGCCAUAACCAAAACUCCUGCUAGCCAGGACAAAAAGACGGUUUCCACUUUUCCAUCACCUACCAUCGUUUUUGCUACUGCUACGACUUGCCGAACAGCCAGCCGAAUAUGUUUACUCGUUACUGUUUACAAAAAGAAAACCCAAGCCACCAACAAAACCAGUUUACUCUCAGAUGGUGCUUUCAAGCUGAACCCCUGGAAACGGGGCAGCUGGUGCUGCCAGUGAACAAACUGGAGGCUAACAGUCGGAUUUAAUGGCGCCUCUGUCUUGAAUACUGAAAUUUGUAAAUGCUGUUUGAAGUUGUUUUCAUGGGGCGCUGUCUGUGUUUUUUUCUCAACUAGAUCAGCCUAGAUAUAUACCACAUUGGCCUUGUAUUUAGAAAAGAGAUGAAAUGAAAAUACUAAUAAUAGAGAUAUGAACAUUUUUCUAAAGCAUUAAGUAUUUUAAAAAAUACAAUUGUUCGGAAUGCUUCAAAAUAUACGGGUUUUAGCAAACUGGUGGUUAUUUUUCAGGGGUGGGGGGACCAAUCGCUCUUUGAGGCUUGUAUUUGUUGUAAAUCUUGUUUUUAUGAAUUACACUUUAUUCCUUCUGGAGAUUAAUAUUCGGUUGUCAUCAGGUCUUUGUGUUCUCCUUUUAAAUCUUUAUAAACCAAGUCUAAAAAAAAAGGAAAAAACCUGUCCUGGUGUGUGUGUGUGUGUUUUACCUCUGUUCAAAUAUGCAGAUUUUUCUGGAUUUUUUUGCCCGUUGUACAUUUAAUUUAAAAUGUUUCUUCUAUUUAUUGGACAUUACUGUUCUCCCUUUGGACGGGGUUGUAUGGUUUUGUUCCACACGCUGAGGGUGCUGAUUCUCUGGUGCUUCUCCUGAAUGAAAUCUUUAUCUUGGAUAUAACACCACCUUUCCUGUAGGCGAUAGACACACUGCUCACGUAGAAAAGAGGACUAAUGGAAAUGCUGUGUUUGGAAAUGUUUCUUUUCCAUAAUGAGGAUACAAAGUGUUUUGAGAUAUUGUAAUUUUUUUACUCAGUAGGGGGCUUUUAGAUGAGAUUUUUAUGAUAACGGGAUAGAUGGUGCUAAAUGUUCUCUUUGAACAAUGUUUUCCUUUUCUUUUAAAAUGAGAUUUCUAUUUUUCCUGUUGCAAUAUUACCUUACACUUCUUCUCUUUGUGCUCAUUUAUUUAUAACUGCACUGUUUAGAGUUUCACACAGGCAUACUCGCAGACACACACUCACCAAACUGAGCCAGACAUGUCUUAAAACACUUGUGAAUUUGUGUGACAAUAUUAUGAAUAUUAAUAAAAUAAACACUUGAUAAAUUCAG